AUGUCCAUCAAAAUAGCCAUCUCCCAAUCCCGCACCCUCUCCACAACAGCAACCACCCUCUCCGCCCUCUCCCACACCACCCACAAAGCCUCCAAGCAGGGUGUCCACCUCAUCCUCUUCCCAGAAGCCUACCUAGGCGGCUACCCCCGCACCUGCACCUUCGGCUCCGCCAUCGGCGCCCGCCACCCGCAAGGCCGCGACCAAUUCCUCGCCUACUUCCGCUCGGCGAUCGACCUCGGCGAUACGCCCGCCGGAGCGGGCGAGGAUUGGGUCGCGCGCCGGCUGCCGCUGCCGGAGGGGGGAGCGGGGGAGCGCGGGGAUGGCACGCGGGAGACGCUUGAGCGGGUUGCAAGGGAGACGGGGGUGUUUAUUGUGACGGGCGUGGUGGAGAGGGCGGGGGGAGUCUUUAUUGUGCGGUGCUUUAUGUGGAUCCUGUGCGCGGAUACAGGAUCCGAACGCCUCGUCUGGGCCCAAGGCUCCCCCAGCACCCUCCGCGCCAUCAGAACCCACCUCAACGGCGUCCCCGUGACGCUCGCCGCCGCUAUCUGCUGGGAGAACUACAUGCCGCUGCUGCGGCAGAGUCUGUACGCGCAGAACGUGACGAUCUAUCUGGCGCCGACGGCGGAUGCGCGCGAUACGUGGCUUGCGCUGAUGAGGACUGUUGCUGUUGAGGGGAGGGCGUUUGUGGUCAGUGCGAACCAGUGUGUUAGGUAUGGGGAGUUGCCGGAGUGGGUUGAUGGGGGUGGCACUGAACGACAGAUGGGUCAGGAUGAAUAUGCUUGCCGUGGAGGCUCGUGUAUUGUUGAUCCCCAGGGUGAGGUCCUUGCUGGGCCGCUGUGGGAGGUAUCUGCGGACGAUAAUCUCGACACGAUGGAUGGACUGCUCGUGUCCGAGAUAGACGUGCAAGACUGCGAGCGCGGUCGACUCGAUCUAGACGUCGCGGGGAGUUAUUCCCGGAGCGACUCGUUCAAGUUUAGUGUUGAGGGGCUGGAUUUGAAUCCGCCUGUUUAG